AUGGCUGCAGGGGCUCCUGGAGAAAGGACACUUCAAGAGACACCUACAUGGGCUGUGGCUCUUGUUUGUUCUAUUUUUGUUAUCAUUUCUGUUCUUAUAGAACAUGCAAUUCAUUCUCUUGGAAAGUUUUUCAAGAAGAGAAAUAAAAAGGCUAUGAUCGAAGCUCUGGAGAAAAUUAAAGCUGAACUAAUGCUACUGGGGUUUAUAUCUCUAUUACUGACUGUGGGGACACAGUACAUUUCUAAAAUAUGCAUUCCUGCAAAGUUUGGAGAUGUUAUGCUUCCAUGUAAGGGUACAAAGAUGGAUCAUGAUGAUGACAGAAGAAAAUUGUUGUCUUAUGAUGAUGAUGAUCAUCAUCAUGUUAUAUGGCGCAGAGCUUUGGCAUCAUCCCCUGACUAUUGUUCCACUUAUGGGAAAGUUCCAUUAAUUACCUAUACAGGAGUGCACCAAUUGCAUAUAUUCAUAUUCGUUCUUGCAGUGUUUCAUGUUCUCUACAGCGUUAUUACCAUCGCACUCGGCAAAGCCAAAAUGAAGAAAUGGAAGGUUUGGGAAUCGGAAACAUCCUCAUUCGAAUAUCAAUUUACAAAUGAUCCUGAGAGAUUUAGGUUUACUCGUCAAACAUCUUUUGUGAAACGCCACUCUGGUAUUUCUAGAACACCUGGAAUUAGAUGGAUUGUGGCCUUCUUCAGACAAUUCUUUAAUUCAGUAACAAAAGUGGACUAUAUGACAAUGCGUCAUGGAUUUAUAAACGCUCAUUUUGCUCCAGAUGCAAAAUUUGACUUUUGUAAGUACAUAAAGAGAUCCAUGGAAGAUGAUUUCGAAAAGGUCGUCGGUAUUAGCAUACCAUUAUGGAUCUUUGCAGUUGUCUUCUUGCUUCUAAAUGUUUACAAAUGGUACACACUCACCUGGCUGUCAUUUGCACCGGUCAUUAUUGUUCUGUUAGUGGGUACAAAGCUUGAAUUGAUAGUGAUGGAGAUGGCUGAAGAAAUCCAAGACCGAACGACCAUUGUGAGGGGUGCUCCUAUAGUAGAGCCAAGCAACAAAUUCUUCUGGUUCAAUCGCCCUCACUGGAUUUUGCUCUUGAUACAUUUUACUUUAUUCGAAAAUGCAUUUCAAAUGGCAUAUUUCCUAUGGACAUGGUACGAAUUCGGGAUCACAUCUUGCUUCCACGAAAACUUAACAGCAAUUCUGAUAAGAGUCUGCUUAGGCAUAGCCUUACAAUUCCUUUGCAGCUAUAUAACUUUUCCACUAUAUUCAUUAAUAACACAAAUGGGAUCUCAUAUGAAAAAGACAAUAUUCGAGCAACAAACAGCGAAUGCUCUAACGAAAUGGCAUAAGACUGCAAUAUCAGCAAGAAAGAAAGGAGAGAGAAAAGGGUCGAUGGACAUGACGAGUGGCACUUCAUCAGUAGGAGGGUUUAGUGUUAUGAUGAGUAGUGGUGAAAACACACCAAGCCAAGGUUCAUCCCCACUCCAUUUGCUUCAUACCCAUAACAAACAAAACUACUACUACAAUAACAACAACAACUCCACUACUACUACUCAAACUCGAGAUCAAGUUCAAUCCGACGUCGUUCUUGUCAACUUUCCCACUCUUGUAGCACAAAUAGAAGGAGACCAACCUUGUCAUCAUGUCAUCCCAUGA